AUGAGAACCAAUAAUAAGAAUAAAAAAGCAAAAAACAAUAGAAAUAGUAAUGGUAGUGGUGGUAAGAGCCAUGAAAAUCUUCAUAUUCCAAAAUACAUUCGUGAUCAACCAUGGUAUUAUAAGGACAAUAAACAAUUAAAAAAAGAAAAAGAUAAUGACACUAGUGAUGGCACAUCUAGCGAAGAUAGACCAGAUUAUUUAGUCCAUCAUAGACAGGAUAAGGAUAAAAACAGUGGGAUUGGUAUUGAUAAUAACAAUGAAGCUAAAGUCGGUAAGGGGAUUAAUGAUGAGUUUGUCUCAAGUACAGAUAUGAACGAUAAAAGUAUGGAACAAUGUGAUAACUGUGGGUUGCAAGGUCAUGUAAUGAAAGAUUGCAUUGAAUUACCUCAAAAAAAGAAACGAAAGUAUAUGGAGGAAAAUGAAGAAAAAUUAAAAAUUCAAAUAAGAAAAGAUCAUGAGAAAGAUUAUGAUGCUAAACAGGAUCGAUGGUUUGGAUAUGAUGGUAGUGAAUAUGAUGAAGCAUUGGCCAAAUGGCAAACCAUGAAGAGUGAAGGGGCUAAGAAAGAGCUAAAUGAAGAAGAAAAUGAUAUUGAUAUUAAUAUAUUGAUUGAAAUUACAAAAUUGGGGCUGGAUGUUAAAGAGUCAUUAACGUAUUUAGAAGAUUGCAAAGAAAUCCAAAAAGGCAAGAGUGUUACCAGCGUGCGACUAAGGGAAGACAAAGCUGCUUACUUGAACGAUAUCAAUAACACGAACCACGAAACAAAUUACGAUCCCAAAUCCCGAAUUUACAAGAGUGAGGAGUUAGGUAAAGUGGAUGACAAGGGCAAGAUAUUUCGCAGGCACCUGACUGGGGAAGGGAAGGAAUUCAAUGCCUUGAACGAGCUUGCUAGAGAAUUGAGUAAAAAAGAGGGCAUUAAAGAUGAAGUUAAAGAUAUCGGGAAAAUAAACCAUGUCCUGAUUGCUAAUCCUACCAAAUACGACCAAUUGAAAAAAAGACAGCAACAACAAAAAGAAAGGGACUCAGCUUCGGAGACGAAGAAAAUUGUUGAGUUAAAGGACUGCGAGGCAAAGAAAGUCACAGGGACUACGAUAAGUAAAAAAUCAAAGAAUCUCUUGAAAGAUCUUUACGGCUAA